AUGGCCGAGCCUAAAUACAAGAAGAAGGUCCUGCCUCUGAAGGCGGAUAGAAAAGAGAAGAAGAAGGAGAAAAAGGCGCACAAGAUGGCGACUUUGGACAAGAAAAGCAAGAAGGGCAAAUCGACGGAGCAAGCAGCACCAGAGGCUGUUCCCGGGGACAAUAAUGCGACCGGUUUUAUUUCACUCUCAGGGGCUGUGUCGGAACCUGAGACGCCAGUCACCCACAUCAGCUAUUCCAACGCUCCUGCUUCACAUAAUAAGAAAAGAAAAUUCGAAGAGGACGUUACUAGCGCGGAGCAGCCCAAAGAAUCUUCCAAAAUAAAACCUAAGGAAGCAGGAAAAGAGGAGCCACAACGAAAGAAGCCGAAGCGCAACCCUUUGAAAUACUCGAAAGAGGGCCGCGCACAACUGAAGAAAGAGCAGCAAGAGCGCCUAGCCAAGACUGGGUUCAAGCAUGUGCCCUAUGGGAACAGAGAGAAUGCUCAACAGAAGGAUGGGAAGCCGAAGCAUAUCAAGAAAGCUUCCAGUGGGCAAAAUGACGAUGAGGGCAACGGAGAAGCCAAGGAACACCGCUUUAUCUGCUUCAUAGGACAGCUUCCCAAGACCUCAACAGUAGAGCAUGUGAAACAGCACUUCGCCAAAAUUGAACCGGAGAGUAUACGUCUAUCUACAGACAAACAGACUGGCAAGGGCAAAGGCUUUGGUUUCAUUGAGUUUGCAGACUACGACCGGAUGAAGACAUGUCUUAAGUUAUACCACCACUCUUUAUUCGAUGAUGGCAUCAGCAAACCGCGCAAGAUCAACGUUGAGCUCACCGCCGGAGGAGGAGGUGCCAAGUCAGAAGUACGCGCACUACGAAUUCGUGAGAAGAAUGCCAAGCUAGACGACGAGCGCGCACGACGCCGAGAGAAUGAAGACGCGGAGAAGACUGUGGAACAAAAGCAGGCCGAGAGAGAGAAAAAGAAGAAGGCUCGUGGCAAGAAGAGUAAAGAGGGCGAGCCUGAGGCUGAUACAGGCCCGGCAGUAGAUGAUAAUGGGGAGAGCACUGAAGGAAUACAUCCGGCGCGACUGGCCAUGUUAGGUCGCUGA